UAGAUAGAGAUAGAUAGAUAGAUAGAUAGAGAGAGAGAGAGAGAGAGAGAGAGAGAGAGAGAGAGAGAGAGAGAGAGAGAGAGAGAGAGAGAUGUCGUCGUUGGGAAUGUUCCGGGGACGUGCGAGCGGCAUCGCCGCGAUCAUGUUGGAGGCCAAUAGCGGGACCACGACGCGGGUGUUGCCGUCAACAGUUGCAAGUCGAUGCUCGUUCGACUUCUGUUCGUCUUCCUCCUCCUCUUCUUCUUCACCUCCUCCUCCUCCUCCUCCCCCUCCUUCUUCUUUUCGAUCGAUGGUGUCGAGUUCUCGCUGUUGCGAUGGCGAUGCUGACGUGUCAUCAUCACGUUUUCUAUCUGUUUCGUUGAUGGAGACUUCUCUCUCUCCUCUGAUUGACUCCGCCAAUCAUGAUCGGUAUUGCUAUUAUCGGGAUCCUUUCAACAAGCUUGCAGCUAUGGCGGAACCGUCUUCUACCUUGUACAGAAGCGUACUACGUGGAGGUUUGACGAUAUCGUCGACUUCGUCGGGGAACAGCCUCAGCUCAACAAUCACUAGGAAGAUGAUUUCCUCCUUCCCCCCUCAUCUUGCCGCCGCCAUGGCUCAAGGCCAACUUGGCUAUGGCAGCCGACAUAUAGUUGAUGCUGCUGAGAGGGAGAGGGAGAGGGAGAGGGAGAGGAGGGAGAGGGAGAGGGAGAGGGAGAGGAGGGAGAGGGAGAGGGAGGGCGUCUACCUCACGGCCUCUGAUACCGAAGAUCGGUCGUUUUUCGGACAGCAGCCUUUCCUAAUUAGGAAAUGGAAACCGCAAUACCAAGGUCGUACGUCCUCCGCGUCGGGAUCUGCUCAGAACUUCCGUGAGGGUCGUUGCCGGGUUACCCCGACGCACGUGCCACGUGAUGGAUUGCUGUCCACCCUUUUUGGCGGGAAUGUGUCCGCCACCCCUGCCGCUGAUGCUUUGAAAAGCACCCUUAUUACCAGUAAUCGAUCUCCCGGGGGCCUCCACGUGGCACUACCCAGUAAUCAUCCCGCCCGCCACGCGGUAGCAAUGGUGGACACAUUCCCGCCAAAAUCCAUGGACACCGAUCCGCCACGUGGCACCUACGUCGGGGUAGCCCGGCGAUCCGCCCCCGGUAAUCAUCCCGAUGGCUAUGCGGUGGCAGUAGUGGUGGACACAUUCCCGCCAAAAAGCGUGGACAGCAAUCCGCCACGUGGCACCCGCGUCGGGAUAGCCCGGCGACGAUCCCCCCCCGGUAAUCAUCCCGGUCGCCAAGUGGCAAUCAAUCGAAGACUGUUUGGCAGCAAUAGCGACAAACAUAAUGAUAAUGAUGACGUGGCCGAUCAGGAUGGCGACACGUGUUGCAAUGAUAGAGCCUCGAUUUCCGCUAACGAGUUCCACGUGUUGUCCGAAGACAUUCUUCAUCAUCUUCACGAGAGAAUCGAGGCCUGCUGUGAGGAUUUGGAUGUGGAUGGGUUUGACGCGGAGUAUGCUCAAGGGGUUUUAACCUUAUCCUUGGGAAGCAUGGGUACGUAUGUUCUUAACAAGCAAGCUCCCAACCGUCAGAUCUGGCUGUCUUCUCCGAUCAGUGGACCGUCGAGAUUCGAUUACACGAAAGAAACGGGCACGUGGGUUUCGGCUAGAACGGGUGCAGAGUUGCCGUCAUUGCUAAAGGAAGAGUUAUCCCAGCUUCUUGGUGAGAAAGUCAGUUUCAAAUAAAAAAUAAAAAUAAAAAAUAUAUGCUCGA